AUGAUUCAACCUAAGAACUGUGUUUUGGUGACUGGGGUCACCGGAUUUCUUGGGAAGGUCGUGCUGGAGCAUCUUGCCCGACAGCAUAAUGAGUUGAAUUGCGGCAAAUUGAUCGUUUUGAUACGAGGGAAGAAUGGUGCUGAUGGUGAGCAAAGGUUCAGGGAAUGCGUUGUCCCCUCUGCAUGUUUUUCGCUUCUACCGCCAUCCUGGGUCGAUCUUGUCGAGGUGGUGACGGGCGAUUUGAUCGAAGCUGGACUGGGUCUUGUUCCUUUGAUCUCCGAACAACUUCAAAUGAAAAUAACGCAUAUCAUACACUGCGCGGGCUGUGUGAAAUUCGACCGACCACUACCAGAGGCUGCAGCAGCAAACAUUUCAACGGUACUGAACAUACUUGAAUUUGCUCAAAAUUGUACUCUUCUUCAGCAUCUUGUCAGCACUUCCACUGCAUAUGUCACUCCUCACAGCUUCAGCCCCAUUCGUGAGGAGCUCACGCCACUCUUAUACCCAGCAGCUGAACUCUAUCGCGAUAUUUUGGAUGGAAAAACAUCAGAAACUGAGCUUUUAAAUGAGACCAAGCACCCAAAUACCUACACCCUAUCCAAAUGCAUCGCAGAGCACUUGCUCGUCGCAAACAGCGGCUCCAUUCCAUUGACGAUUGUACGACCAAGUAUUAUUUCUGCAAGUUGGCGUCUGCCCUUCCCUGGAUGGAUUGACAGUCUCAGUGCUUUUGCCGGGUUCCUUGCUGCGUAUGGGAAUGGUCUGCUUCGCGUGAUAGAUGCCGAUUCUCAAACCAUCUUGGAUAUCGUGCCAGUCGACGAGGUUGCUGCCCGGCUCCUUGGUGCGGCCUUCCAAGAACGCAAGUCUUCUUCUGUGCAGAUCAGGUAUGCGACUGCAUCUCUAUGCAACGGUCUACCUAUUAGCAUGGUCUGUACCAAUUCGAUAAAGCACUUCCUACAAAAUAAAGCCCCCUCCUUUCGUGUACCGAAAGUUCAUUAUCUUGGUCCACGUGGCAUUCAAUUCCGAAUCUACGACGCCUCCUAUCAAAAGAUUCCACUAUUCCUGGCAUCCAUGUUUUACACGCUUUCCAACAAUGAAAGAAUGCGACGAAGGUUGAAGCGUGUCCGGAGCGGGCUUGCAAGUCUUAACCGUGACUUCCCUUAUUUUACACAUCAUUCGUUUAACUUUCGACCUUCCAUCCACCUGCCAGACGAUUUCGAGCCGGAGCAGUACCUCGAGAUCACUCUCAAUGGGGUUCGCAAGCAUCUACUUCAGCGCAGCCCGGUUCCCAACACGAAAACUCUCCAAGCCACCAAGCCUACCCGUGCUGAGUUAAUACCUCAGGCUCAACUCCCGGGGGCUUUGGCAAGUUUCCGAAUGAGCCCUUUUAUCGUUUUUAUUGGCACAAUUGCCAUGGCGUUUCAAAAGGAUUUAAACAUACAAAUUAUCCAGGAGCCCGAGAUCAAUUCAAGCAAACAACGCUUCGAUGGUGACUGA